ACGACUUGUAUUUGUUGAAUAGGUAGGAGAAAUUUCCGCACAUCUUCCUGUUACUCUUCAAGUUACUUUUUUCAAAUAUAGAAGACGUAGAGACUUUUUCCUUCUGUUCACCAAAUUAACUAGACAACUUCACAUAUCAUACUUAGUGUUCCAAAAGAGUAAAACCAAAUAUGGGUUUGAUUGCAAGAACUUUUUUCUUGAUCGCCAUGGUUGCAUGCUUUGCUUCAGUUGCUCACGCCAUUGUAGGCCAAGCAACUUUCUACACUCCUCCCUACGUGCCAUCAUCAUGUUUUGGCUUUGAAGAUCGUGGGGCUAUGAUUCUAGCAGCAAACAGUGGUUUGUUUGCCAACAGAGCUGCAUGUGGAACUAGGUACCGUGUUACUUGCACCGGUAGAACCAAUGAUGGUGUUCUGAACCCAUGCACAGGCAGAAGCGUUGAUGUAACUGUUGUAGAUCUUUGUCCCGGAUGUGCAGCAAAUCAAAUUGACCUUUCCCAAGAGGCGUUUGCUGUGAUUGCUAAUACGGAUGCAGGGAGAAUUAACGUUGAAUAUAACCGGAUGGGAAUUAAUGAAGUACGUAUGCAAUACGCUAAAAUCAAUUCUCUUAUGAUCAGUUUACUUUGAAAUAAAAGACACUGAAAGGUAUUUUAACUGUAUGCUUCUAUAUAAGUAUCAUGGCAAUGUAUGAAGUAUCGGUUGAAAAAAAUUUCUACAUUUAGUUAUAUGAUUUCUGUUAUACUUAUUCAGUUAUCGGCUCGUUUAUC